AAGAUCACGUCUCCCGUCUCUUUCUGUAGCUCUCAUUCCAGCACAGGAUCUCAGCAAUUUUGCCCUCUUCCCCCGUGCCCACUUCAGCGCGCAGAGUCCUUUCUUCUCUCUCAUUUACAACUUCUUUUAAAAAGAGAACAUUUUCUAGAGAAAAGGGAUUUGCUAAACAGAAAGGACAUAAAACAAAAGCCACAGCAACCCGACUUCCAGCAUGGCAUUGUCACCAGCCCCCUUUGCAUGGUGAUGCGAUUAAGGUAGCGGCAUUUUUAUUAUUCGGGAAAAGCAGCUGGGGAAUCCAUCAGUUCUAAGGCUUUGUCUUUCCUUGGUUAGCUGAUGGUCCUGAGCCCCGGUUUGACCUGACCAUGAUGCCUAGGACUGGCACUUUUUGUUUUUUCUCAGCAAACUGUACAAACCCAAAUCUCUUUUUGAUUUUCAAGGAAACUAGAUUCCUGCCAGAUUUCGAAUCUGGACAAUAAAUAGAUACUUUGUCCUAGCUUUUUUCUGGAAUCAUUUCGGGGAUAUUUUCCACAAGCAUCACAGAAACAGGAAUGAACCGGCAGCUAGUGAACAUUUUGACAGCCUUGUUUGCAUUUUUCUUAGAGACAAACCACUUCAGGACGGCUUUCUGCAAAGACCAUGACUCCAGGUCUGGAAAACAACCUUCACAGACCCUAUCGCCUUCAGAUUUCUUGGACAAAUUAAUGGGAAGGACAUCAGGAUACGAUGCAAGAAUCAGGCCAAAUUUUAAAGGUCCUCCAGUAAACGUUACUUGCAAUAUUUUUAUCAACAGUUUUGGAUCAGUCACAGAAACCACCAUGGACUACCGAGUGAACAUUUUUCUGAGACAACAGUGGAAUGAUUCACGGUUGGCAUAUAGCGAGUACCCUGAUGAUUCCCUGGACUUGGACCCAUCCAUGCUGGACUCCAUUUGGAAACCAGAUUUAUUCUUUGCCAAUGAGAAGGGUGCCAACUUCCAUGAUGUCACCACCGACAACAAAUUGCUUCGAAUUUCAAAAAAUGGCAAAGUACUCUACAGUAUCAGACUCACCUUGACCUUAUCCUGUCCCAUGGACUUGAAGAAUUUUCCAAUGGAUGUCCAGACUUGUACAAUGCAGCUGGAGAGUUUUGGGUACACGAUGAAUGACCUGAUAUUUGAGUGGUUAAGCGACGGUCCAGUUCAAGUUGCUGAAGGACUGACCCUGCCUCAGUUUAUUUUGAAAGAAGAGAAGGAACUCGGCUACUGCACAAAGCAUUAUAACACUGGAAAGUUUACCUGCAUCGAGGUUAAGUUUCACCUGGAACGCCAGAUGGGAUACUAUUUGAUCCAGAUGUACAUCCCCAGUCUGUUGAUAGUCAUUUUGUCCUGGGUCUCCUUUUGGAUAAACAUGGAUGCAGCCCCUGCUAGGGUUGCACUCGGCAUCACCACUGUCUUAACAAUGACUACCCAGAGUUCAGGUUCCAGGGCAUCUCUGCCAAAGGUCUCCUACGUGAAAGCGAUUGACAUCUGGAUGGCGGUGUGCCUUCUGUUUGUGUUUGCUGCCUUACUCGAGUACGCGGCCGUGAACUUUGUCUCCAGACAGCACAAGGAGCUCCUGCGGCUCCGGAGAAGACAGAAGAGACAGAAUAAGGAAGAAGAUGUUACUCGUGAAAGUCGUUUUAAUUUCAGUGGUUAUGGGAUGGGUCACUGCCUCCAAGUGAAAGAUGGAACAGCUGUCAAGGCCACACCUGCCAACCCGCUCCCACAACCCCCAAAAGAUGCAGAUGCCAUCAAGAAGAAGUUUGUGGACCGGGCAAAAAGGAUUGACACGAUAUCUCGAGCUGCCUUCCCGUUGGCCUUCCUCAUUUUCAACAUCUUUUACUGGAUCACAUACAAGAUCAUUCGGCAUGAAGAUGUUCACAAGAAAUAGAUGUGCCCUUCAGACCCUGGACUUUCUUGCCUAACUGUUGUGCUUGUAAAUACACAGUGAAAUUGUCUUUAUAUCACUUUGACAGAGGAGGAGACCGGGGGAGGGGGGCGGGAAGAUUAUGAGAGCAGGUUUCCUGGCACCUACAUGAAUAAAGAUAAGUUAUCUGGGCAAUGAAGGAAAAUGUUUGCACAAAAUUAAGGUGUUGCAGAAUCAUGUGAGCAUAAUUCCCUUUAUAGUCUUUAGCAUUGUUCUUUCAGAUGAUGUAUUAAUUAGACAUGAUAUGCAAGGUCAAGUUCUCGAAAGCUAUUUGUCUUUGGUUUGGUCUGGUUUUGACUAAUUCUGGUACUGAAAAGUUAGCUUAAACCACACACACA